AUAUGACUCUUGUACAAUGGAAUUAAUAAAGUAUAGGAUCGUUCAACUUAAUGUUUUGUAGAACCACUUUUACUUCGUAUUCCUUCACCAGUUUCCUUCCUAACGCUAUUAGCGCUCAUUAGCAAGGGUAAAGGCGUGCAAACAGCGUCAGUUUUGUUGAAUCAGGUAAGUAGCUCACGCAUGCUCUAUCUUUGAAACUGAUGUCGAUCAGGGUCUCUCAUCAACAAUGUCGUAGCUUCGAGCAAGCAUUCGAAAGGCAACAGAAACAAAAUGGUUAAACUACCGUUCGAUUUCUAUACUGCCGACAGAAAUCGCUUGAUGCACAUUUCGUAUCGUAGCGAUACUUUGAAAACGCGGAUCUAACUUGUUGACCCACAUAUUCUUCUAAUUAUCACCCUUCCUCGAAAGUUGUCGAUCACGGGACGACUCCAAGUUUGUUGCUCUUCGUAAUCCCGUCGUAAAUUAAGGAAAAAGAGAAAUCAUUUCUUUGCAUUUCUAUGCGCUUAAUGCAUUAUGCGCUAUACAUUGAAUUCAAGCGAUGACGCACCGUGUGGGUCAUGCGUUAUCGAUUCGAUAUGAUCGAUGAUGCACCACGCGCGUCUUACAGUGAAAUUAUUAUAGUAAAAUAUAACAACUGCAACAUAGUGAUUCUUUUAUGAUAAGACUGUGAAUACCCGAAGGAAUUGGUUUUAUCCUAAAUCAAUGGAGGCUAUUUUGUAAGGAAAACAAAGUUACUUAUCGCAUUAGUCGAGCAUUUUCGACCAGGUAACGAAGGGGGCCGGCUUUGUAAGCUCGACGAAGGUAGGGGAGUAGACAAGAAGUGAAUGCCUUUCUCAUCAUCCGUGGAUCUUCAGUAUUCCUGGUUCCAGUCGGACCGAUGGAUGGUCUCUCUUCUCGUGUACCGAUUUAUUUCGCGAUCUAUGAUUGAAUCGUGAGAAAUUCGAAAGAUCGUGAUAGUGAACGCCAGUGUUCGAUCAUUGUUUAAUUAUUGUGAGUAAACAUUCGAUGAAUUUCUGUUUGAUCGCAAUCCAGUAUUACAAAGUGGUAAUCGAUAUUAUCCUAGCACCGUAAUUAAAUUAAAAAAAUUAAAACAAGUUAUUAAAUGAAAUCUUCUUAGAUUAAAACGUUCGGAGAAACAGAGUCGUUUCAAUUAAAAUAAGUAGGUGAUGAUAAUUAGAUUUGUAGCUCGUGGCUGUUUCGUUUUUCAUCCACAGUCUUGUCGAAUAAUUAUCAUUUACGGUGCGCGGAGUUUCUAUUUCUUUUUCCUUUUUACGUUCCUAUGAAUGAUUCCGGCGAGUUGAUGUUUUUACGCCAAGGAAGAUCGCAAUCUCCUCUAACAUCAGACACAAUUUAUUUUUCAAUUCUGACAGAAUGCAUAAGGAGUUUCUCGAAUGGUGUCGAUAGUCGGUCAUCGAAUGGCUGAAGGAAAUCAAAGCGUUUUUUUUUUCCCUCGAAUUUCGGUCGAUCGCUGAAUUCAUAAUGGCUUAACGGUUUUUAGAAAGUCUUUACUCUGCAGAUCGACACAAAAUUUUCUUGAGAAUCGCUAAAUAUCAUGUAUUCGGAAUGCACGAUUAAUAGUCGUCACCGUUCGAAAGAAGAAAUAUAUGAAUAUAAAAUUUGGAGAGAAAUACUGUUAACGCUUUACGAAAGGAGGUUUCGUCCAGCCUAAACGGAUGAUUUGCAUAUCGUUUUCGAAGAGAAAAAUUGAAAAGAUGUUUCGGAGCUGACCCUGAACUCUUCUAAAAGAGCACCGUACACGUGGUUCGAGUUUUAAGCAGAGCCACUCUCUCUGGACGACUUUUUCCUACGUUUCAGAUCGUACAUUCGACACUUUUCUUUUCGAUGAUUCAUCGUUCCUUCGAAGAAAUUGUUUUCCAACGAUAAGUUUCAAAUUCGAGAGAAAUGAUUCGUAUUUUUAUAUUGUAAUAGAAACAGAGGAAAAAUAACGUAAUGAAUUCUAUGAUGCUUCGAUUUAUCUUGUUGCAAAACGGAUGAAAGAUUCACGAGCUUCCGUACGAACUGUUUUAUAUACAUACAGAUCAAGGAUUCAAUUGCAACAGACUGAAUAGAUAAGUUUUUUAUAGAAAACCGAUCGGAGUAAGGGAUCUUCGCGUUUGUACCUGCAUUCGCCUUGACCGAAGAAAGUGUUAUACGGGUCUUUAACCCAGGUCGUCUGAUUCGUGUAGAAAUGGUAAUUAAUGGUAACUCGUUUUCUUCCGGAGUUCCAUUCAACUUAUAUACAAAGUAGAAAAGUAGAAUAUUACUUUUAUAAUGAAGAUGAUUGAAAGUGACUUAAAUUCUUACUAAACAAAAUAGAAUUUUGUAGCUUUUUUCUGGUACGAAGAAACAGGAAUGAAAAUAGAAUAUAAAAGAAGGUUAGUCAAAGAAAGGCGUUGGUCAGACUUCAUUCUAUACACAGAGUGACGUUAGUGUCUCGUGAACGUAGCAUCUGCAUAGCUUUCUUUAUUUCUCCUCCUUGACCGGCAGCAGUGUAAGUGGAACAACAGGAAAGAAUUUUACAAACUUUGAUUCUAAGAGUCCUAUAUAUCGGUAACUCCAAUAUUUACAAGUAGGGUCCAAUACUUAAAAAUCCUAUUCUUCAGUAGGUUCGUUGUUUAGAAGAUCCAUACUUUGAUAAUCUCGAUAUUUACAAAUCUUAUAUUUUCCUGUGUCCAUUAUUUAGAUACAAUAAUUCUAUAUUUCAAUAAUACCCUUGUUUCUUCACAUUCUGAAAUCUCGUGAUUUUAGAACUAUGAAGGGGUCAACAUUCUUCCUCGUUCUGGCGGCAGGAUUAGCGAACGCUCAAUUAAACUUUGAGGGUAAUCCACUGACUGAGAACACGGAAUACAAAGCCGAAGAAUCACGAUCUUCGGAAAAUACCGCAAGGCAGGAAACCACAGCAAAUGUGACGACUGUGGUCACGGAACAUUCCGUUCGGAAUGUCUAUCCGAUAGCCGAAUACGUUAAAAAUUCAUCAGAGAACAUUCUGAUGGAUCAUCAAAAAGAAACAGCUGAUCGAGAACAGAAAGAGAACUCUGUCGGUGUUCAAACAGCUCGACAACUGUCCUCGAAUAGCUACAAUCCAGGGGCCACAUCUGUUAAUCCAGCAAUGGCAUUGAAUUCGUUUCUGAACUCUAAGACACCCGAAGAAUCGCGUCUGUCGUUGAAUCAUUAUUUGCAAAGCAGAGAAAUUUCUCACAAUGUUGCGGUUCAAGAGCAGACAACUGUACGAACAAUCAAUGACCAGCAACAAUUUAUGCCACGUCUCGAUCAGCAAUCAGCUAUCGUAUCUCCGGUGAAUCAACAGCUGACCUCGCAAUUGAUGCAACAACGACAAAUGUUGCAAGCUUUCCCUGUUAAUCAACAACAAUUCAACGAACAGAUGUACAAUACGCCUGUGAAUCUUCAGGAUCUUCGUUCACCUCUGUCGAACACUGUAGCUACUUCUUUGAUGCAGCAACAAUUGUUGCAACCUUACGUAACCGGGUUGCAAGCGAGAAACGACGUGUUCUAUCCUGCCGGAUGGCCUCAUCGCGUGAGAAGAGUACGUGGGAAACCAUUUCCCUAUGCACAAUCCAGAGGAGGCCCUGGAUUAUAUGGACCUCCUCCUCCAAUUCCCUUCAAGCAAAAAGGCCCGCCUAUUGAGGUGAUCUACACCAAACCACCAGGAUUCCAUCGAGGACCACCAGGACCUCUCAGCAAUCCCCCAGUACCGUACGAGGAUGCCAGUGCCUGGUUCCCAGAAGCGGAUCAUCCACCAUCUAAAAAAGACGUAUAUUACUCUCAGCUCUACGCCCAAUCCUACGAUCCUCACUAUUACAACUACAUCGCCAAAACGGGCAAGAUAAAGCCUCACCUGUACGGAAAGCUUGGCAAGUAUCACGAAGAAGAGAGCGACGGCAUCUGGGCGGAAUUGUAUCGGGGUUUUAAGAAACACGGCCUGAAGAACAUCAUGACACCGACUUUUCUACUCGGUAUGACUUUACCUGUUGUCACUUUGAUGCUCACCGCUCUUGUCCAGAAGAGAUCAAUCUCGAGAUCCGAUUCGAGGGAGCUGUCGAAGGAGGACGCGAUUCAGGAAUACCUGGAACAAAUCCAAAGAGCCGUCGAAUGUUAUGAGAAGAAGAGGAGGAAGAGGGAGGCAAACGUAGACGGGUGUUAAUAUUAUCAGCCAGAUUCUUUCAAAUAACUUAUUAAACGCGAAAGGGUGAUUGAUAGAAGAGAGAAUGUAGAGUUAGGGAUGGGAUCAAGUUUGGUAGACGUUGACUUAGAAGUUAAGUCUCUUUUUAGAAGACUCGUUUAGUCCUUCCAAAACUAACUUGGACCCCAUCUCUAAUCGAGCGCACAAAUGCUGUACAUAUUUCGUGUAGUAUAAAUAAUGAUGAUAAUGUAACUAAUGGUUUAAAAAUAGAGAGUACUUUCUCUUGCGAUGCUUUCCUCGUAACCAACGACUUAUCAUGUGCGGUUAACUGUUUUAAGUUGUGGUAAAUAGCUCCGAGGUGUAUCGAUGAGAGUAGUGGGUGACAGUGAAAGAGUUGCUAUAUCGAUAGCGUCAACGUGAGAAGCGAACUUUCACGGGUCAAUUACCUAUAACCCUGUUCGUAUAUCCACGUGCUGGUGGGUGUGCAGCUAGUGUAUUUAACCCGUUAACCAAGGGAAGACGAGUUAAUUCGUCGUUCGACUGAAAGGCACACAGGGAGACUAAUAAGUACCAUUCCAUUCAUUUUUAAUUAACACUUUAAAUAGAAUCUCCUUCGAAUUUUAAUUUAUGAUAUAAAAAAUGGACUAAUGAUUGGUGACAUUGGUGUUAAUUUUUUAUUAUUCGCUUCGAAAGUGAAAGAAGAAAAUUCAUUAAACAAUGUACUAGUAAUGUUUCAUCCGUUCUCCGUGAAACUUUUACUUUUGCAGUAAACUACUUGACGACCUAAACUAGUACCGUCGAUCUACAUCGCGUUUGUAGUUCAAUUUUUGUCUCUUUAUUAGAUGCAUGUACAAGCCAUAGUGGGAAAAAGUAAAACAUAAUUGAAACUUGAUUGCAAUCGUUAUUUCUUUAUUCUGUCACCUCUUUUCUUGUGUCCGCACGGAAAAAUUCUUCGCUGGUGUCUACCAAUAUUUCGAACGAGUCCUGAAUUCCAAAUUAAAAAUGACAUCCGCGAUUAAUAGACGUGCAUCACGACACAGAAAUGGUCAACCGGUUCGGGCCAUUCAAUGCCGCCGAUCCUACUCAUCGGAUUUGAUCAAUAAGCCCAGAACCUGUUUUGUUAAACUGGAAUAGUGGACAUUCGGUUCUGUGGAUGCGUAUCUUUCUCGAAUAACCGAUUUAUUUUUAAUGUAUGAAAUUUUCGAAAGACACGGUAUUUCCUGAUAUGAGACUUUAUUUUUAAAGAGGGGCUAGUCCAUUUUUUAUUAUUGCAAGAUAUUAAGAUUUUAUUAAAAUUAUUAAAAAAUUUAAGAUGAAAUAUUAUAGCUUAUAAAAUCUUUCAACUCUGUUCAUGAAUUGACGUAAUUCAAAUACACGAUGCUGAUUAGUAGCCUGGAGAUAAGGUCAAUUACGAUAACUCGGGCGUUAAUGAAGCCGUGAAUUAAGCGCGACUUCGUAUUCAAUGAAGUGACUCGUUUGAUAUUCUUUGAGUACUCGAGAAAAAUAUUCAUCGAGAAGAAAUUGACCGAGAUUUCUUCUCUUCCGGAAACAGGAACGUGUUCGAAGCACGUACGCAAAAGAUCUGAAAAAAAAAGAAAGAAUUAAUAAAUCAUCGAUGAAUUCCAGUCGAAAUAAAUUUAUUCCGCAUGGACAUCGACGAGUCGAUGUGUAAUCAAAUUAUUCCAUCGAAUAAUUGAUGGUUUAAUUCACAGGUCAUGAGACUCGGACGUUAUACACGCUCCAUCAGGGUGAAGUUCAUCUCUCGGUCAUUUAAGGUUCAAACGAGAUGCCCCGGAAGUCGAACAUUCAAUUUUCUAACACUAUAUAGUUAUUAGUAUGCAAUAACAUAGCUAGUUUGUUAACGAAAAAUAUAUUUUAUAUUUCUUUGAUUCUAUUUGUUCUACAGAUGCAACUCUUGCCUCAGGAAUCGGUUUCAAAGAAAUAGUAGUAUAGUGUUUAAUAUACUUGCACAAAGUAACAUGGUACCCUAUUAAACUAUAAUUCAAAUAUAAAGCACAAACAAUUUAAUGGUAUCGCUGACAAUACAAAAAUAUAUUGUUAAAAUCAAUAGCUUGAAUAUCGAUAAAAUACUUAUAACGAAAAAUAUAUCACAGCUCCUGAAGCGAUUUCUGUCUCUGAUGCUUCACGAUUUUUGCGCGCAACGGAAAAGAAUGGGUUCAUUGAAAAUUUCACAAUUCGGGUGACAAUUAAUUAACUGAGUAUUUACGCAUUUUUCGUGUCUAUCAAUCUUCAAAAAUCGUUUCAAAGAAUAAGACAAACUUACGAAGAUUAUUAUUUUUCUUUUUAAAGAAGAAUAAUCAUAUUAUGGAACAUCCUGUGGCUUUCGCAGAGGACACAGGUGUAGGAGAACAGGACAGAAUGAACGAGCAUACAAUUUACUAAAAUAGGUUCUAAUUAGCUCCAUAAAAGUCAGAGAUACUUUUACGGACGAGGUUUCGAUAUAAAUUGAUUACUGUAACUAAGAAACAGGGUACAUGGUGUGUAUUGCUUUCAAUUCUUGCAACACUCUACAUAAUAUCUAUGUAUCAUAGCGUACACUUGCCUUUCUUCAUUACCUACAAUAUUACUGAUCUUGCAGAACACUAUCCUGCAAUGUAAGUCAAGUAAAUGACUAUCUCUCUGUCUCACUUGAAUUUCUUCUAAAAUUAAAACAGGUCAUGGACGUGGAUGGUCAGUCUUCGUCCUCGAUACAAGUCUCAAUGUUUCUUUUACUUUUUUUUUUCAAUGUGCAUUUGUUGUGUCCUACUAACUACAAUCAGUUGAA